AACCGCGUGAGAAAGUUGCCACUGAGGUAAAGCCGAGCUACACGGAGGAGUCCCGCCGCCGCUCCGGGGAGUUGUUUUUAUUCAAAUGUACAAAAUAUGUACUCCUUUUUCGUGUAUUCUCUUUUGGAUGCAUUCAAACUCUUCCGGGAAGUAAAUAUUUCAUAUUUUUGGUAACUUUUCGACCGCCAAAGGACGACCGCGGCGAAUCAAGUGGGAACUCUUCGCUGCAAUUAACGUGUGUGUGUGUGUGUCUCUCUCUUUCUGUGUGUGUGUGUGUGUGUGUGUGUGUGUGUGUUGCGCUGACUGAAAGCCCACAGUUCGUGGUAGUCAGUUGAGGGUCUGCUGGUUUGACUUUUCACUUGUUUUGUUCGCCUCUCGCCAACGUUACUCGGAAUACAUCGGAUCUUACGCUGAAGAAAACAAGACGCCGCAGUGAUUCCUGCCCUUUUUUUUCUCCUCCAUUUCUCACCUGGUACACGCCGUCCACCCCUCCCCUUUUCACCCGCCUCCGGCUAACGAGCGGUUUCCCGUGUUUUUCCGGUUGGUUAACGGCCGCGCUUGCCGGUGGAGCGGAGGAGAGACGACGACCGGAAACGGCGAGUGAAGCGCGAGGAGCGUGAAGCGGUCCGUGAACCCCGGACGGAGCGCUCGAUUCUGUGUGGCAUCACCGCUGGUUGGCCCUCACGAUAACGCCCGAUGGAUUCGUGCCCGUGAUCCGGAGCACCCCGCGUCUCCCCUCUGCCCCCAAUUUGAUCCCUCGAAGCUGGGUUUUUUUUUUUUUUUAAAGGAAGGAAACGGUUGCAUCCCUCCCGGAGAUAAUAAUGUUUCCCCAGGGGCGACACCCGACGCCCCACCAGGCUCCAGGCCAGCCCUUCAAGUUCACCAUCCCAGAGUCACUGGACCGCAUCAAGGAGGAGUUCCAGUUUCUUCAGGCACAGUACCACAGCCUCAAGAUGGAGUGUGAGAAGCUGGCCAGUGAAAAGACAGAGAUGCAGCGACACUAUGUCAUGUACUACGAGAUGUCUUAUGGCCUCAACAUUGAAAUGCACAAACAGACUGAGAUUGCCAAGAGACUAAACACCAUCUGUGCCCAAGUCAUUCCCUUCCUCUCACAGGAGCAUCAGCAGCAAGUGGUCCAAGCCGUGGAGCGAGCCAAACAGGUGACCAUGGCAGAGCUAAACUCCGUCAUCGGAGUACGGGGCCUGCCAGGCCUUCCACCAACGCAGCACCUGUCUCAUAACCACAGUGGUGCCCCUGUGCCCCUCACCCCUCACCCAUCCGGCCUCCAUCCCUCUCAGCUGGGCGGUUCAGCUGGCCUCCUGGCCCUAUCGGGAGGACUAGGUGCUCUUCCCCCCCACAUGUUGGGAAAAGAUGGCGGCGAUAAAAAGCCCCACAUGUCUGGGCCGGACUCGCACUCGUCAGGACCCGACCACCUGAGAGAACGAGAGGCCGGCACAAGUAACUCAUCGCUGCCAGAAAGUCUUCGGAAUUCAGAUAAGCGACGCAACGGACCAGAGUUUCCAAAUGACACCAAGAAACGCAAGGUUGAAGACAAGGACUCCAGCCACUAUGACAGCGAUGGGGAGAAGAGUGAUGAUAAUUUAGUGGUGGAUGUUUCGAAUGAGGAUCCAUCCUCCCCCCGCGGCACGCCUCUGCCCUCCCCUAGAGAAAAUGGUCUGGAUAAAGCACGUCUUCUCAAGAAAGACCCCUGUAGUCCAGCCUCUACUGCGUCAUCAGCCAGCUCCUCCUCCCUCAAGUCCAAAGAGAUGGCACUGCGAGACAAAGCGGGGACACCUGGACUUAAGUCGAGCACACCCACACCCAGAGGGGACUCCACCCCGGGUCCGAGCGCCACUCCAGGAACCCGGCCCAGUCUAUCAAAACCCCCAUCAAUGGAGAUGCCACAUCCAGCCACUGCAGGUCUGCGGACCCCCCUGGCCGUACCCGGCCCAUACCCGGGGGCCUUUGGCAUGUUACCACAUGGCGCAGGGAUGAACGGGGAGCUGGCAGGUGCAGCCGGAGCUGCAGCCUACGCUGCUGGAUUACACAACAUGUCGCCUCAGAUGAGUGUCGCUGCCGCCGCUGCUGUGGCUGCGUACGGCCGCUCACCUAUGGUGGGUUUUGAUCCCCAUCCUCACAUGAGAGUUCCUGGAAUGCCUCCCAGUCUGACGGGAAUCCCUGGCGGCAAACCGGCUUAUUCUUUUCACGUGGCGGCCGACGGACAGAUGCAGCCUGUACCGUUCCCUCCAGAUGCUUUGGUUGGCCCGGGGAUUCCUCGCCAUGCCCGUCAGAUCAACACACUGAACCACGGGGAGGUGGUGUGCGCCGUUACCAUCAGUAACCCGACCCGACACGUUUACACAGGAGGGAAGGGUUGCGUCAAGGUCUGGGACAUCAGUCACCCAGGAAACAAGAGCCCGGUGUCGCAGCUCGACUGCCUGAACCGAGACAACUAUAUCCGCUCCUGUCGUCUCCUCCCUGAUGGUCGGACACUGAUUGUGGGAGGUGAGGCAAGCACGCUGUCAAUCUGGGAUUUGGCCACGCCCACUCCCAGGAUUAAGGCAGAGUUGACAUCAUCAGCACCGGCAUGUUACGCGCUGGCCAUUAGUCCGGACUCCAAGGUCUGCUUCUCCUGCUGCAGCGAUGGAAACAUUGCGGUCUGGGAUUUACACAAUCAGACACUAGUCAGGCAGUUCCAGGGCCACACAGAUGGAGCCAGCUGUAUAGACAUCUCCAAUGAUGGCACCAAGCUGUGGACCGGAGGCCUCGAUAACACCGUCCGCUCCUGGGAUCUGAGAGAGGGACGGCAGCUGCAGCAGCAUGACUUCACAUCACAGAUCUUCUCCCUCGGCUACUGUCCGACAGGAGAGUGGCUCGCUGUUGGAAUGGAGAGCAGCAACGUGGAGGUCCUACACGUCACCAAGCCUGACAAAUACCAGCUUCACCUUCAUGAGAGCUGUGUGCUCUCCCUGCAGUUUGCCUACUGUGGUAAAUGGUUUGUGAGCACAGGAAAGGAUAACUUACUGAACGCUUGGAGGACACCCUAUGGAGCCAGCAUAUUCCAGUCUAAAGAGUCAUCUUCGGUGUUGAGCUGUGACAUAUCUGUGGACGACAAAUACAUUGUCACUGGGUCAGGGGACAAAAAGGCCACUGUUUACGAGGUCAUCUACUAACGCUGCCGAUAGAAAGCAAGGACACUCAUUCCUUCCCAUGCAGGAGCCAGAAAUUCGCAAACACGAGUGACCUUGAUGGCACUUUUUUCCUGCUCCAUCUGCUGAGGUGGCAGAGAAAGGAGACAAACGUUUUACAUGCACACAUCUGUUAUGAUUGUGUACUUACCUCCGUAUCAGCUGGGAAAUGACUGGAGCAGCUGGAUGUUUAAUGGAGGGAGACAGAUUAUUUUGAUGUUCUCGUCCUUUGUGCUCCGGACUGCGAGGGAAUCCGAUAACAGGGACCAAACCAGGACUGUGCUGCUUUGCUUUGACUGGGACCAGCUCACCUGGAGAACACUACGACGAGCAUUAGAUUUUCAAAUACACUUGAUGCAGUGUCAUGACCCGGGGCAGAGACCCCCGGGAGGAACACUCCACCGCGAGGACCAACAUGAUGUCGGACGGGAAGAGUAAAACGGGGACAGAACCCGACAAAAUCCCAGAGAGACGGAGGAGGACGGUGAUUUAAGAGCAUGUUGGAUGGAAUUUAGUCGCAGUCGGACAAUGCUGGCGGCGUGUUGGUCUCUCAGCUCUGACUCUCUGACCACGGAACCUCAGCUUGCUGUUCUGACAAGCCUACACUGAAAAGUACCUUUUCUGUCUGGACAGUAAGUCCCAUCCUCAAUAAAGUGCACUGUAAUGGUAGCUGUCCACCCAGACACUGAGUACACACACACACACACACACACUCUGAAGGCCCUGUUGACGUGUUGAGCAUCAUGCUACUGUUGAAUUUUCGGAUGGGUUGGUUUGAUCAACAUGAGACAAACUAUGUUUUCGUAGUUCUCACCGGCUUUGGGUGGCAACAAAAAGCAUUCACGUACUUGGAUAACAAUUGUCUUAAAAGAGAAUUUACUCUAAAAGUACAAUUUUCUUUUUUGUUUUUUAUUUCUAAUGAUCUGGUUUGAAAGACCAAUUAUUGGAGGAAAAAGUUCAGGAGAAUUAAAUAAUCCCCAUUUUGAUUUAUUCAUCCUCGUUUUUUGUAGAACAAAUUUCUUUCUCGACUUCAGCUUUGACAUAACUGCACUCCAACAUAAGCCGACAUGUGAUUUCCUUACCUCACUUCUUAGCCAUUCCCCUCCAUUUUUGAGCUGCAGUGUGAAUUACAAGCAGCACGUGUUGAGAGAGGCUCCCCUUCUACACCUGAACAAGGUGAGAACAUUUCAGAGACGCCUCAUUGGUCAGCUGGAUGUAGCUUCAAAUGUACAAACAGCGACUUCAUGUUGAAGUCCAGACCUGCGCCUGCUGUUUAAUGCACUACAUUUAGUUUGUGCCCUCUGUGCAUUAAGAGUUCAUAAGGAUCAGACAUAGUAGUGUCCAAAUGAUCUUUUUCCGUUUUAAGUUAAAUAACAUUUUCAAUUCCUUCACUAAACAAACCUCUUAAAACAAUUUAGUUUUUUGUACCGUUCCUUCUUUCUGCUAAUAUUGUUGAAUGAGGGACAUCUGUGAAAUUGUCAUUAAGUACAACUGUGUCCUGUUGGAUCCCUCCGUUAGUCCUCAGUCCACCAGUGGAAGGUGCACUUAUCCUUCAGCUUCAGGAAGUGUCGGUCCUUUUCAGCCAUUCAUUUCAUGACUUAUCGCUUACUUCUGUCUGUUGAAUGAUUGUAAAAAUGUAAAUGUUUGUUUUUUGUCUUUUUUUUUUUUUCAUACAGGACAUGCUUUAGAAAUAACUGUUUUUGUACGUCUUUUACAUGGAAAGAAAUGUCUAAUCAGGAGAAAUACUAAAUGGUCUUAAUGCUAGCUAAUCUAAAAUGAUUGAAAUAUCUAGACAAUAAAUGUGAUUUUUCUUUU